GCCCGGUAACCCAAGGGCAUCUCUGGACCCAAGGGCUGAGCCAGCUUGGAGGGGACCCCACGCCUGAAGGUCCAUUGCGCAUGGGCACUGGGCGUGGGGGGGGGCGUUCUGGACGGGGCUCUGUGAGGAAAGCCCCGUUGCCUGGCAACCAAAGAGCAGUUUAGGCCUGAAGGCCAGUUUGGCGGGAAAUCCGCUCGCGCGCGCAUGAGCGCACGCACACGUACGCACGCACACACGCACACAUACACGAGAGCCACCUUGCGCAGGCGCUAUAGGCAUCACCAGGUGCAUUGUGGGCGGUGAAAGGGGCGGAGCUUCACAGAGGCCUACUUGAUCCGGUAUAAAUAAUCCAGGCAGCGUCUGAGGAAAAAGGUCCGGCAGCCAUGCAGUCCUCUGGCGGUGCUGAGGGCGGAGCAGACGGCCACAGGAGUGACCAGGGUGGCGCAGGUGUCUCCGGGGACGAGGGAGCCUACGCUGCAACCAUUUUGCGGAUCGUCCAGAUACCCCAUGGCCCGUGGCCCUUUGGGGACAUUGUGCUCUUGGUCAGCAGGACAGGGACCGGUCUACAUGAAUUCAAGGUCAGGGUGCCUUUCUGGUCCUCCCUGGAGGCUGAGGUCAGCCUAAGGUACCUGGCUGAUUUCGGGGAGAGCCCUGACCUUCACCGGGUGCUCACCAGGGACCGCAGCGUCCUGACUGUGAGAUGGGUCGCCCAGGACCGUGGCCACCUCCAGAUAGUGUUCACCCAGUUCCUGGAGGAACUUGCCCUGCUCUUGCGGAUCCUGCAGCGCUUGAAGCCCUUGUUUCCGUCCUCUUCUCUUCUGGCAAAAGGGGGCUGAAGCCCAUACCACAUUGAGCGUGUGGCACUGAAAAAAAUAAAGCUGAGCAACCUUUC